AGCGGUUGAGGAGGCAUCGGGAUCGCGCUCAUCUGUUUGCCUGGCAAAUGCCUCCGGUGUAACAGGCCGAUCAUUAUGGGAGAACCAGGAUCCCGAAGCGGGAUGGACCCUGACCCACCGACCGCUGCGCAGAGCUUAUCGAGACGGUUUAUACCGGGAUAAAACAUUGUGUGUGUCCAAUAGCAAACAGCCCGUCAGUGAGCUACAGAGGAGGUGGUGUUUGCUGGGAUUCAAUCUGAGCCAGAGUCGCGGCUGGUAGCUUAACUAGGAGAGAGGGACGAGGAAGCUGGGAAGACAGCAGUUUACAAUCUAACCGGAUCCUGCGCGAAAUUGCGAGAAUAAUGGAUGGACUGUCGAUUACAAGCUGGUCCGGUCAGCACAACCCUGUCAGAGCAGGGUGGGUUCAUCCGGAGUGAAAUCAGUCGGCUCUUAUUUGUCGGCUUGUCCUCCGCCGGGAGGCGAUGUCCACUUUCUGCCUAGACCUGCAGGCGUCCGCCGUGGUUUCAGCACCACAGGAGCUGGACAGCGACUGCAUGGAGCCCCGGGACAGCCCCGCCGCUUAUGAGCCCGGCGGCUUUCAGGGUCACCCGCUGCCGCACGCCGGGUCCGGAGGCCUCGGCAUGGCCUUGGAGGAGGAACUGGCCAUGCUUACCGGGGACCGGGACGACGAGGAGGAACUGUCGGACUUAGAGACGCCUGCGGUGGGGCAGAACGCAGACUUGCUGUCGCUCUUCCGUCAAAAGGAAAAAGACUUGGUUUUAGCUGCUAAACUCGGCAAAGCGCUGCUGGAGAGAAACCAAGACUUGACCAAGCAAUAUGAGAAAAUGCACAAAGAUCUCAACGAGAAAUUAGAGCACUUGGAGCAGGAGAAGCAUGAGUUGCGUAGGCGUCUGGAAAGUCGAGAGGGGGAGUGGGAGGGCCGUGUUGCCGAGCUGGAGACGGACGUCCAGCAGCUGCAGGGUGAGCUGGAGCGGCAUCAGGUCCAGCUGAGAGAGGCUGACAGAGACAAGACCAAGUCCAUCAGCGAGCUCUCCGAACAGAACCAUAGACUGCUGGAGCAACUCAGUAGGGCUGCAGAGGUGGAAAGGCAGUUGUCCACUCAGGUCCAUUCAUUACGGGAUGACUUCAGGGAGAAGAGUAUGUCUACAAGCCAGCACAUGACUCGACUAGAGACUCUACAGGCUGAGAUUAAGAUGCUGUCGGAGAGGAAGAUGGAGCUGGAGCGCCGCGUGAACGCCAUGCUGGAGGAGAAUGAGCUGCUGCAGAAUACAGUGGAGGACCUCCGAGAGAGGACGCUGGUGUUGGAGAGGCAGUCUCACACGAAGGACCUACAGUUACGGCAGAGCCAGCUGGAGCUUCAGGAGGUUCAGAUGUCCCACAGGCAGCUGGCUGCUCGGCUGGAGGAGCUGACGGAGGAGCACAGCCUCCAUGGCCUCACCCCGCACCCGUCCAGCCUGCUGUGUGAGAUAGAACAGAGCAUGGAGCAGGAGGAGCAGGAGCAGGAGAGAGAGCAGCUGCGUCUUCAGCUAUGGGAGGCCUACUGUGAAGUUCGCUCGCUCUGCUCCCAUCUCCGGGGAAACGACGUCACGGAUUCGGCGCUGUCCACUGACUCUUCCAUGGACGAGUCCUCGGAGACGUCCUCAGCCAAGGAUGUGCCUACUGGGAGCCUCCACACCAGCCUGCUAGAGCUACGGAGGCUCACACAGAAUCUGCUGGAUGGCAACGAGUCCACGGGCUCGCCGCGCAGUGAUGAGGAGGCUCUGGAGGAGCAGACGAGGAAGCUAGGAGAGGAGCUGAGGGAAGUCAGAGAGCUGUACGAAGCUGAGCAGGACAAAACACGCAGCAAUGAAGACAAGGUGCUGCAGCUGCACAAUCAGAUGGCGCUGCUCUCUGUAGAGAUGUGCUCUCUCCGGGAGGACAACGAGCGGAUGAGGACGAUGGCUGAAGUCCGAGAACCCAGCGAGCAGCUCCAGACUGCUAUCAGAGACAGAGACGACGCCAUAACCAAGAAGAAAGCAGUGGAGAUGGAGCUGGCCAAGUGUAAAAUAGACAUCAUGUCUCUGAAUAGCCAGCUCCUGGACGCCAUCCAGCAGAAGCUCAACCUGUCGCAGCAGCUGGAGGCUUGGCAGGAUGAUAUGCACAGAGUGAUUGACCAGCAGUUGAUGGACAAGUACCAGGAUGAGUGGCGCUCGGACCCUACCUCCCUGCCAGGGUCGUCCAGGGCCCAUGGCGGUCAGUCCUCCAGAAGAGCUCACCGCAUCUCCGACCGGGACAAGAGACUUUUCUCUUUUUUCAAAAAGAACUGA